AUGGUUUACCUGAAUCCUCCCAACGCAGUGAUCUUUAGGGAGGCGAAAGAAGAUGGUAAAAGUGCUAGUCAGAUCGAGAUCAAUAAUAAAUCAAAGGACUACAUUAUGUUCAAGGUGAAGACCACUGAGCCAAACAACUACAUUGUCAGGCCAAAUCAAGGAGUGAUUGAGCCAGAUAAAUAAACUAUUGUCAAGAUCAUAUGCUAGGUCAACCUAGCUCAGAGUAUUUUGACGGAUAAGUUUUUAGUGCAAUUAGCAGUAACAUCUAAAGAUAAUGCAGAUCUCACUGGAGAGGUGAUAGGAGGCAUGUUAAAGCAGUGUAAAAAGGAUUAAAUUGUGCAGUAUAAGUUGAAAGUUGAGGUAUAGCAGUAAUCAGCAAGGACAGGCUCGCUUCCUGACCCAAGAGCCAGCAAGAUUGAAGAUUAGUCAGCCAGAAACACUAUGGUUGGAAGCGUUUACCAACCAGCAAAUAGUCAUUCAGCAUCUAGAAUAGAGGAAUCUAAAAUAUAGCAGUCAUCCUCUGAUCCAUAUGAAUAAUAUGACUUAAGUUAUAAAAGACUAGUUGAGAACUAGAGGGAACUGGCUGAGCUUUAGCAGGAACUGAUCAGACUGAAAGAUAAUAGAGACCUAUUAAAACUAAAGAACUCAGCACUCAACUUUGAAAAACCAGAAGGUGGCGCUGGCGCUGGAGCCGGAAGUAAAGGAAAUCAGGGAUAUCAAUUGCUGCAUGUACUCUUAGUGGCCAUUAUAUCACUGAUUAUAGGAGCUUUGAUGAAGUAGUGA